UUAACCUGUGAAACAUUGAUGAAAUCCAAUAAAAAAAUUUGAUAAGUUUAUCGUUUAAUCGCUUCAAAUUCGCUUUGUUUCAUAAUUUUCAACGAGGAUGAUUUUUUUUCCUACCUGUCAUAGGAUGACGUCGGGCACGGAAGUUUUCUAGAAUGUAAUUUUGUCCUUAGUGUUUCAAAAAGUCAACUAUCUGAAAGUGUUUGUUGUCGCCUGUUCCUAAGUAGGUCUUCGCCUACUUACCCAGAAAGUUUUAUUGUUUUCUCCUCUUUAUCAUUAAAUUGGCGCUCCUAAGUUAAUCUUCUAUCACUGUCAUUUUUUCUUACACUCAUGCCUAUUCUGUGACUACAAUUACAUAAUUUCAGAAGAAAUCCUAGUCCGCACCAUCCAAGCACCUAAGUCCUCGCAACCAUGGAUUCUUUUCCAAUCGCAGGUGACUUGGAAAAUUUAAUCCCAACACGGCGUCCAUCAAUUUUGACUUUUGAACCUGGGGUAGCAAAAGUAUUACCACAGUAUCUUGCAACAAUUAUCGUCACAAUCGGAGGUUUCAUAUGCGGCACAAUCAUAGCUUGGUCUUCUCCAGCUGCUGUGAAACUGGAAAAUGGUGAGGAUGGAUUUCCAGUGGAUGAGAAUGACAUGUCGUGGAUUGGUGGCAUCAUGCCGAUUGGAGCCAUUCUUGGUUGCAUUCUGACAGCGCUGGUUGUUGAUAUUUUGGGUCGCAAAAAUACUAUGAUUGUUGUUGUUCUACCAUGUACGAUUGGGUGGAGCCUGAUUGUUUGGGCUGACUCGGUCUUAAUGAUAUGUCUUGGACGCUUUAUUUUGGGCACAACUUGCGGUAGCUUUACCAUUAUAUGUCCAAUGUACACUGCAGAAAUAUGUCAGAAAGAAGUUCGUGGAACACUAGGAACCAUCUUUCAAUUGCAAGUUGUCUCUGGAAUCCUGUUCCUCUAUAUACUUGGAAGUUUUCUGUCUCUUUUUCAUUUGUCGCUGAUCUGUAUGGUCCUGCCAACAGUCUAUCUUGUGUUCAUCUGUAUGAUUCCGGAGUCCCCUGUUUACCAUCUUAAACUAGGCAGGAUAGAUGAAGCCAAACAAAGUUUGCAGUCUCUGCGUGGUCCGAAUUACAACAUUCUAACAGAGCUUGUCGAUUUGUCGGCGCUAGUAGAUUCGAGCAGUGAAACUGAAGUAAUCCCGUUUUCUAUCGCAAUUCGUUCACCAGCUGCCAUCAAAGGCCUCAUCAUCGGUCUAGGUGUAAUGUUCUUCCAGCAGUUUUCAGGUGUCAAUGCGGUUAUUUUCUAUGCUGCAUCUAUUUUUAAGGAUGCUGGCAGUUCGUUCAGCUAUAAUGUCUCAUCCAUUAUUGUAGGCUCAGUCUGUGUGGCAUUUACGUACCUCUCAACACUUAUCAUUGAUAAACUGGGCCGAAGGGUUCUUCUUCUCUUUAGUAGCGUUGUCAUGACAGGAUGCACUUGCGGCUUGGGCGUAUACUUUUAUGCUCUGAGUCACAACUACGACAUGUCACAUGUUCAGAUUUUUCCAAUUCUAAGUGUGUGCGGAUUCAUAGUGGCAUUUUCCCUCGGUUUCGGCCCCAUUCCAUACAUGCUGAUCUCAGAAAUAUUUUCACCGCAAAUCAAAGGGACCGCCAGUUCGAUUGUUUGCCUCUUCAAUUGGGUGUGUUGCUUCAUAGUAACAAAGUACUUCUGUAUUUUAUCCACCAGAUUUGGGUCAGAUGUAACGUUUGGAGCAUUUAGUUUCCUAUCAUUUCUCGGUAUAUUUUUUGUGUACUUUGUGAUUCCUGAGACUAAGGGCAAGUCAAUGGAAGAAAUUCAAUCACAUCUUGCCGGCUCUGAUGAUUCAUAACGAUAGAAGUAUUGCGGGCUGAGUAGCGGUGCAAUUAGAGCUUCAAAUCGAGAAAUUUAGUUCAUCUAGCAAUAUUUAAAUAUGUUGAUGGCCAAAGUGCAAGGACAUUCCCGUUUGCGCCGUUGCAGACUUCCUGUCAUACUUUAGUCAUUCGGAAAACUAGUCAAUGUAAUUUCUUGGAACUU